GACACCGGGCCCAGAGUCCUGGGGACGUCAGGGAAGACAGACAUGAAGGUCUGGAGUCGCAGUCAAAGACCCCCAGAUUCAAGAGUUUUUUCAGCCUCCCUGCCCUUUUUCCUCGCUUUCUCUGCCGUCUAUUUGUAGGUCGUAUUAGGCUCUCUCCCUGCCGCAUGCAGACAGCAGUUGCAGUCGGACAAACGAACAGGGACGCAAACUCACCUGUACCACUCCAGGUACAUCCGUCACCGCACUCCGCCAUGGAGGAUCGGAUCAACAGCAGUGUUUGGUGAUCGUACACCCAUGCAGUAGACACAACGUUUGUUGACAAACUUAGUAGCAAUAUAGCGCAGGAAACAAACAAAACGAGUCGAGACGAACAAACAGCCGCAGCGGCGAAGCCAAACACAGGCGCCAUACCGGAACCGGAAGUGAGAUUGGGGCGGAGAGCUGGACUUCUCCACCUUCCUGAGCGUAAUGCACCGGCAGCUCCAGCAGGAGGCGCCGGAGGAGGAGAUCCUGGAGGCCAUGAGGAUGGCUGACAAGGAACAGAAAGGCUUCAUCCUCGCCUCGGAGCUGCGAUCCAAACUCACCGGGCUGGGAGAGAAGCUGACAGAUCGAGAGGUGGACGAGCUGCUGAAGGAGGCGGGUGUUGGAGCUGAUGGGCGGGUCCACUGCGAGCAGUUUGCUAAGGCGGUGACACGCUCCUGUGCAAAGCGCUGACAUCACAGUCAUCAUCCCCGCUGCAGUGGAGACACUGAGCUGCUCUGGGCGAAGCUGUUCCUCAGUGCAAUCUCUCAUUUAGCAUUUCUUCAUAAUUAGCAUCAGUCAUCCUGAAAAAUAAAGCCCAAUCCCGGAGUUCCUUUUCAUAUUCUCAGACAAAUUACCUUUUAAAAACAACUAAAAACAGAAGAGCAGAGGCGUAAAGAAUGGAUUAACUUGUCUGUGUUUGUUUUUAAGCUGCAGAAGUUAGAAUACCUACAAACUAGCUUACCACCUACAGUAGUUACGUAGCGUUGCUUCCAAGGCCAAGGAGCGUAUCAUUAGCUAACGUAACUUAUUGUUUAGUGAGAUAACAGGUAAAACAGUAGAAAAUUCCCCAUUCAGGACACCGACAUCUUGGAUGCCAUUACAUCAGAGUUUAGGCUAACAUUAGCAGGUAUUUCCUGAUGACACUGAUUAGUCCUUAUUAUCAUAGCCUUUUGUCUCGUAA